AUGCCUCCUGAUGUAAUUCAUUGUCGACCUCUCUCCUCACCUCUACUUCAAUUUGCUCCUCUACUCACAAUUCAGGCACAUGAAAAUCAACCUCCAAGCCAAAAAUAUUGCCGAGAGACGAAAAGAAUGAAUCUCACCAAAAAGAAACUCAUCCCUAUCCUAGUUCUGAUCCUGUCGGUCAUAUCAAUACUUAGGCUUCUAAGCCUCAGUGUCCGUACUUCAUCUUCAUCCUCAGGGCUAUCUGUAAUGUCUCCAGCUCCCCAAAACAGCUCUCAGGCACGCAACAAAGUUGCAUCAUAUGCAUCCGGGUCCUCAAAGCCUAGAAGACCUCCCAACACCGCCCUAACGAAUAAAGAAUUCAAAGUACUGUCAGAUCUCAUUGCUCUCAAAUCCCCAUGCAACCUCCUCCUAUUUGGGUUCCAACCCCAGUACCUUGUUCUCUCUUUACUGAAUGCAGGUGGAACCACCAUUUUUCUCGAAGAUGAUCUUGAUAAGAUGAGCAAGGAAAUAGCAAACUACAACAGUACAAGGGCAUACAAACUUGGUAAUAAUGAGCCAGCAAAAGAAGCUUACAAGCUUCUCAAGCAUGCAAGGCAGAACCAAGCUUGUGCUCCAAACCCCAUAUUGAUUCAGAAAUCAAAAUGCAAGCUGGCAUUGAAAAAUCUACCAGCAGAAGUGUAUGAAAAGAACUGGGAUGUGAUAGUCAUUGAUGGACCCAGUGGGGAUUCACCAGAGUCCCCGGGCAGAAUGGCUACUAUAUACACGGCUGGUGUUCUAGCUAGAGCUGGGAACAUUUCUGAUGUAGUAGUACAUGAUGUAGAUCGAAUGAUAGAGAAGUGGUUUUCCUGGGAGUUCCUCUGCCAUGAGAACUUAUUGUGUUCUAAAGGGAAGUUAUGGCACUUCAGGAUCACAGGUCACUUCAAUUCCACGACAUUCUGCCUGCCGGAAUAG